AUGCCUCCUAAUUCAGUGGAUAAAACAAAUGAAACAGAAUACCUCAAGGAUAAUCAUGUUGAUUAUGAAAAACUCAUUGCACCCCAGGCCUCGCCCAUCAAACACAAAAUUGUAGUGAUGAACGUGAUACGUUUUAGCUAUUUACAUGUUGCUGGUCUAUACGGACUUUAUCUCUGUUUGACCUCAGCAAAAUUGGCUACAUCGGUUUUUGCAAUUGUGUUAUUCUUCCUUGGGAACUUUGGUAUUACAGCUGGAGCUCAUCGUCUGUGGUCUCAUAAUGGUUACAAAGCCAAACUGCCCCUCGAGAUCCUGUUGAUGGUCUUCAACAGUAUUGCUUUCCAAAACACCAUUUUCACAUGGGUGAGAGAUCACAGGCUACAUCACAAGUAUACGGACACCGAUGCAGACCCUCAUAAUGCUACGAGAGGUUUUUUUUUCUCACACAUCGGCUGGUUGUUGGUGCGAAAACAUCCAAUGGUGAAAAUUGCUGGAAAGAACCUUGACAUGUCAGAUAUUUAUUGUAAUCCUGUUUUAAGAUUUCAGAAAAAGUACGCAAUACCAUUUAUAGGAACAAUAUGUUUUAUCAUACCGACAUUAGCUCCAAUGUAUUUUUGGGGUGAAAGCUUAAACAACGCUUGGCAUAUUACAGUUUUAAGAUACAUUUUCAGUCUCAAUGGCACUUUUCUUGUAAAUAGCGCUGCUCAUUUGUGGGGAUACAAACCGUACGAUAAGAGCCUGAAAGCUACUCAAAGUGGCAUGGCAAAUGCAUUUACUUUUGGUGAAGGAUUUCACAAUUACCAUCACGUUUUUCCGUGGGAUUAUCGGGCAGACGAAUUGGGGGACAGGUACAUAAAUUUGACAACAAGGUUCAUAGAUUUCUUUGCAUGGAUGGGAUGGGCUUAUGAUCUGAAAACUGCUUCCACCAAUAUUAUUGAGAAGAGGGCACUAAGAACAGGGGAUGGGACUUACAAACGACCAAAUGGAAUGAAUUGA